AUGGGACUUUUUUCAAUUCUUUUCAAAUCUAAUGCAAACGACCAGUUCAAUCCUCUAACGUUUGAAAAAGAUCUAGAUGAAAUACACAAGAAGAUCGAAUCGACGGAAAAGCGAUUGGUGUCAUUUAAAAGAAAGUCUAAACAUUUCCAGCAACAAGUAACAAUAUGGUUGACGGCAGGGUGUUUUGUAUAUAUUGGUUAUGUCUACAAAACAGGAAAAUACCAAUUCUAUGAAAACCCCGAUGAUAAGUAUUACGUCGUUGGUGGGUUUGUGGCUAUUGUGGCGAUAUAUUUGAUCCACCAACUCAUCGGAAUAUACAAUGAUAAGAUAUUGAAAUAUUAUCUCAGGAAAAUUACAUUCUAUAAGAAACAACGUCAACAGAAGAUCACUGAUUUGAAAGUCAAAACAAAUUUCAAUAAGACGAAGCGAUUACUACAAAAGUAUAGUAUUCAAGAUUUCCAUAAUAUGGACCCUUCAUCUGAUAAUAAUGCCGAUGGGAAUCAAACGUCUUCAGUAAAUUCUCCUGAUAUGAAAAAUACAAACAACAUUAGAAAUACUAGCCAAACCCCAGCCAUAACUGUUUCAAGUGGCGAAGCAGAUGCUGCCACUAUCGAUGAGAAUGCUUAUAAUACUGAUGGAGAUUAUGGUGAUGACGAUUACGCGCAUCAGCUUGAUUCUAUUGAGCAGAGGUAUCUGGAGCUAGAUAGAGUUCGUGAGAAGCGACUUAUGAUAAAGAGAGGCACUUAUGAUCCAGAUUCUUCCUCGUCAUGGUUAUCUCCUGUGUCAAGUGUUUUUGAAAUGUUAGUUGGUAAGGAUGAACUUUCCCCAAGUAGCCGAUAUGCAUUAAUUUGUAUAAACUGCUUCACUCAUAACGGUCUUGCUCCUCCAAGAUAUUUACCAAAUCAAGUCAAAUUCAUUUGUUGUAAUUGUGGGACGGUGAAUAACCCGAAUGCUGGGAAUCUAUCAGCAGUUUCAACACCAAAACUCAAUGACUUUGAUAGCAAGCUGAAAGAUGAAGGAAGUAGUAACUGA